AAACAACUGCAACAUACAAUCAAGCGACAGAUGAGUUUAUAAUUCAUUCACCAACAUUAAUGUCAACCAAAUGGUGGAUUGGAAUGGCUGGUCAGACUGCAACACACUCAUCUGUACUUUGCCAAACUAUUGUCAAUGGAAAAGAUUGUGGUUUAAAUUGGUUUAUUGUACCAUUACGUGAUCAUGAAACAGCAAAACUAUUACCAGGUGUUACUGCUGGAGAUUUAGGAGCAAAAUCUGGACGUAAUGGAUUGGAUAAUGGAUGGAUACAAUUUUCUUGUGUUCGUAUUCCACGUGAAAAUAUGUUGAUGAAAUGGUCAAAAGUUACAAGAGAUGGUAAAUUCACACCCUCGCCUAAUCCUGCUAUAUUUUAUGCAACACUUAUUUGUGAAAGAUUGGCAUGUUUACCAGCUGUGAAGAAUUUUCUCUCACAAGCAUUAACUGUUGCUUGUAGAUAUGGAUGCGUUAGAAGACAGGGUCCAAAUAAGGAAAAAAUCAUGGAUUAUCAAACACAUUAUGUUAGAUUGAUGCCUUGUGUUGCAAGUGUUUAUGUUUUCAACGUUGUUAAUAAGUAA